AUGUAUCAGGAGUUUGCGGAUGAACCGAAAGAGAACAAGAGAGGAGAUGCUGGAUUAGAGACGCGUUUGGGUCGGGUGGAGACGUUGCUUGAGCGACUUAUUGGAUCGUCGACAGACAGGCGCCACGACAUCGCUGACGAGUAUCCGGGAGAUGCAGGCCUGGAGAGACCGAGGAGCGUAAUAGAUCACACAAGAAACAUCGACAUGACAUCUUCCACCUCCACAGAGACUACAUCAACACUCAUAGAUCUAUCGCAACAACCAAAAUCAGCACUUGGCGACAUAUACACUGGCAUAUCGCGGGACCUCGUCGCAGCAUGGCCCACAGCCCAAGACCUCGACUACAUCUGCAAGCUACCUGUCAGCAUCUCCACGCACAUGCACAUGAAAUUAACGACAUCCUCUGCCAACCUGAUGAACCAGGUUCCAGAUAGCCCACGAAAGAUAUUACAGCUACCACCACCAGGAUCGCAUCCAGUAUUGAUAGCGCGGAAACUCCUUUUACUCAGCAACAUAGUGCAGGGCGCACUAUCCGAUGACUGUAUACCCAGAAGCCAGCGAGAGCAUCUUAGUAAAGUCAUGGCUCAUGCCAUGGAUACAGCAACGCGACUGGUAACCUCCAAUGACGAGCUAACCGCCUCUGUUGAGGGCGUCGAGUGCAUCAUGAUCGAAGCCAUUACCCAGAACUACGCUGGGAACCUGCACCGCGCCUGGCUGACUGUGCGCCGCGCCGUUGCCGUAGCGCAGAUGUUGGGUCUGCAUCGUGGCAAUGCUAAGCGAGCUUCUAUCAAGGUGGUGGAUCCCAAGACGCGCGAGAGCCUCGAUCCAGACCAGCUGUGCUGUCGCAUUGUGGAGAUAGAUCGCUACCUCUCGUUGACACUGGGGCUGCCGCAGUCUUCGCUGCAGACAGUCGGGCUGAGCGCUGAAGUUAUAGCAAAGUGCCAUCCGCUAGACCGCAUCGCCAGGCUGCAAUGCGUCAUUGGAGAUCGUAUCUUGGCGCGUAGAGUAGGAGAGCCGCGCGAUGUUACGGAGAAAAGGGUCCGGGAAAUUGACGACUUGUUCAAGGAGGUGACGGAGCUGAUGCCGUCGGACUGGUGGCUUAUUCGAGACUUUGACAACAAGGACGGGGGCGAUCCGGAUCCGAUGCAUGAGGUUGUAAGGAAUAUGUAUCAGCUGUCGCACUUCUAUCUCGUUAUACGCCUGCAUCUACCGUAUGUUCUUCGCUCGUCGGGCGACGAUAGGUGCGAAGAAAGUAAAGCGACAGCUGUGCAUGCCGCCCGCGAAAUCAUGAGUCGAUACAUCGCGUUUCGCAAGUGGAAACGCGGUCCGUAUUAUUGCAGAGGAGUGGACUGUCUGGCUUUCGUCGCCCUCAUGGUGCUGUGUCUGGCCCAUAUCGAUUCGCAGAACCAAUUGAUGAUUCGGCACAAAGCACUUUUCGAUCAUAGCCGCCCGAGCGAUCGCGCUCUGAUGGAGCUAACGGUCAAGGUAUUGGGGGAGAGGAGCGACGAUGCUCUCGCCACGAAGCUAUCGAGUAUCAUACAGUACCUUCUCGACGCCGAAGCAGCAUCGGCAAAUGGAACUGGCUACAACACUUCGGCUAGUGAGACAGACGAUGGGCUGGCGACGGAGUUUGAUGGCCAGUUCAUAGACGCUGAGAAGGCGGUCUUGCAGCUUCACUUGCCGUAUUUUGGCACCAUCAGCCUACAACGCAGGCUAGCUUCCGAUAUCCCGUUGGCUGAGGAGAUGCUGUCUACUCAGGUAGCUGACCAGACACAGUCAUCACUCACGGAGUGGGACAAUCGGUGGUCGUUCCUUGAUUCGUCGAACGAUGCGGGGGCGCUUGAUGACUGGACACUGCAGAGCAUCAACGAAGGUCUUUUCGGGGGACUGCUUGGCGGGCUGGGAGACGCGGAUUUCGACCCUGGGCUGUCUGUAGAUAUAUAG